CCACUCCCUCUAACCUGUCUCACCAACUCGCAUCUAGAAGCAAUUAGUCUCUCUCUCUCUCCUCUCUCUUCUCUCUCUCUCUCCCUCUCUCCCUCUCUCUCUCCCUCUCUGUUGUAUAGUCAAAAGCCUAUAAAAUCAUAUCCCAAGUCCUCCCAAGGGCCGGCCUUAAUGUUCCAGCAACACAAAAUACAAGGCCACCGGUUCCCCCACCGCUCCUGCUAAAAAGCAAAAGAAAAAAAAAAAAAGGAAGAAUAGAAAAAGAAAGAGAAGAGAAGUUAUCUUCAAACAACAAGUUCAGCUUGUGAUCCUACUACUACUCAAAUGGGACGGUCUCCUUGCUGUGAGAAAGCUCACACAAACAAAGGAGCAUGGACCAAAGAAGAAGAUGAUCGGCUCAUUGCUUAUAUCAGAGCUCACGGCGAGGGAUGUUGGCGCUCACUUCCCAAAGCCGCCGGUCUCCUCCGGUGCGGCAAGAGUUGCCGGCUGCGGUGGAUUAACUACCUCAGACCUGACCUUAAACGAGGCAACUUCACAGAAGAAGAAGACGAGCUAAUCAUUAAGCUCCAUAGCCUUCUUGGAAACAAAUGGUCUUUGAUAGCUGGCAGACUACCGGGAAGAACAGACAAUGAGAUAAAGAACUAUUGGAACACCCACAUAAGGAGGAAGCUUUUGAACAGAGGUAUUGACCCGGCAACACACAAGCUGCUCAACGAGACGGCUCAGGACAACACAACAACCACCCCAACCACCACAACAAUAUCGUUUGCGGCCUCUACUACUCCUACUACUAUUGUUAAAGAAGAAGAGAAAAAGAUCAACGGUGGAUUUGUGAGCAAAGACGUGAAAAACCCGGUUCAAGAACAGUGCCCGGACUUGAACCUUGAGCUUAGAAUUAGCCCUCCUUAUCAGCCACAACAGCCGGAGCAAUUGAAGAGUGGAGGAGGGGGCCUAUGCUUUUCUUGCCGUUUGGGGUUGCAGACCAGCAAAGAAUGCCGCUGCGGAAUAAUUACCAGCAUUGAUAGCACCAGCGCAAGCACUAGUGUUGGUUAUGAUUUCUUGGGGUUGAAAACUGGUGUUUUGGAUUACAGAAGCUUGGAGAUGAAAUAAUUAAGAAUUGGGUAUAAGGGGAAGGUUUGUCUUGUGUAGCAUAACAGAAUGGAGAGAAAUUAGACCCCAAAAA